AUGACAGGCGCCAACUCUCCCUUCGACCACGACGGUGACAGUCUUAUGCAGUCUGGCAACUCUGAUCCGAGCACUCCGAACGCUCAGAUCCGCUCCAUCGCCAUCUCCGACCUCUCACCUCCAGACUCUCAAGGCGUCCCUCUUCCAGUCGACAUGCCCACAGUCGCCCCCUCUGCUUCCGGCGCAAACAUGAACGGAAAACGUCCCAUCUCCUCCAUCGACCACUCCCAAGAGUCACAGGGCGGUGCGUCACUCAGCGCCAGCAUUCCCACCGAUGCUUCAAUCAAGGCUUCCUCCAGCUACCAGUACACACAACCAGAGGACGCACCUGGCUAUGCUUGGAAGAACAAGAAGGCCCAAGACGACUUCACUCGUGCUUGGGACUCGCUGAUUGUUUCGCUGACACGACCCANNGACAAGUACGGCGAUCCGUUUGCCAUGGCCGACCGCGAACUUGCCAUGAUGAACUCGCGCCAACAGUAG